AUGGGUUCGAUAAGGGCUGCAGUAGAGGUCGACAGAACCCGAGCUUCGGUUGGGCAAAGAGCAUGCCAGACUGUUCAACAAUCUUGCGGAGGAAUGUCCGCAUAUCAAUGCUGUGAAGGACUACAAUGCAUUUUCAACGGUGACUAUCCAGGCGCAACAGGAACGUGUAUGCGACGAACGUGUAAGACCGUUCAACAAUAUUGUGGUGGCACUUCAGCGUACCAAUGUUGUGAAGGACUACGAUGUGAGCUUGAUGGUGAUUAUCCUGGAUCCGGCGGAGUUUGUAGGCCGCUAAAACCAUGUCGAAGGACAUAUCAACUUUGCGGAGGUAUCAAUAGAUUGAAAUGUUGCCAAGGAUUAAGAUGUGUACUUGAUGACGAUUAUCCAGAAGUUGGCGGUGUUUGUAUGCCAGGAAGAAAAUGUCAAAGUGAUUAUGAAUCUUGUGGUGGUAGCACUGGACUUCAGUGUUGCGAAAGGUACGCUUGUGUCUAUGAUGCGAGUAGCUAUGCUGGUGAUGGUGGUGUUUGUGUGCCUACUUACAAGCAGAGUUCUUCGUCGAAAUGA